AUGACCACAGAGGUGACGUACGAAAUGCAAGUACGUAAAGACGAUGAACAAAAAGAAAAUAAAGGAAAACUAUCAACUGGUAAAAUAUUUUACAAACCUGGAGUAAUAGAGGAGGAGACAGAUGAGACGAGUGUCUUCGACAGCUCUGUGGUAGAGUCACCCAUGCUUGGAGUGGGAUAUGGGGGAAGCGGUUUCCUGAAACCUCCACAGAUUCAUCCUUCGAGUAGUCUGCAUCGAAUUCCGACGUACAGUAGUUCAAUUGGGCAGAGCACUGUGUAUCGUCACGACACUUGCAGGAGCCGCUCGCACAGACAUGGCGCUACGAGGAGAACUAGGCGUAGAGCUAUUCUCAAAAAUGGCGAGUGCAACAUACUCAAGUCGCGGAUCUCACAGCGCCGACUACGAUUCCUCCAGGAUAUGUUCACAACUCUUGUGGACGCGCAGUGGCGGUGGACAUUACUUGUGUUCACGCUCUCGUUCAUUCUAUCGUGGCUUGGGUUCGCCCUUAUCUGGUGGUUGAUCGCAUUUACACACGGAGACCUGGAAAUCGACCACUUACCUGAACUGCAAGAAUCUUCAAACUGGAAACCGUGUGUAUUAAAUAUCAACGACUUUACAUCGUGCUUCUUAUUCAGUAUUGAAACUCAACAUACGAUCGGUUAUGGAUCGCGAACAACGACGGAAGAAUGUCCGGAGGCAAUAUUUAUAAUGUGCUUACAGAGUAUUGUUGGGGUUAUGAUUCAAGCUUUUAUGGUGGGCAUCGUGUUCGCCAAGAUGACAAGGCCUAAGCACAGAACACAGACCCUUCUAUUUUCGAAAUAUGCAGUUGUAUGCCAGCGUGACGGAGAGCUGUGUUUAAUGUUCCGUGUUGGGGAUUUGAGGAAGUCACAUAUUAUUGGAGCUAGUGUGAGAGCUCAACUAAUUCGAUCCAGGACAACGAAGGAAGGCGAGCUGCUGUCCCACUAUCAGACUGAAUUGGAGUUGAAUGCCGACGGAUGCGACAGCAAUCUAUUCUUUAUUUGGCCAAUCACAAUGGUGCACAGAAUAAACGCUGAAAGCCCGUUUUACGGAGUUUCAGCGGCGGACGUCCUACAGGAAAGAUUCGAGAUCGUAGUUAUAUUGGAAGGAACGAUCGAAUCAACGGGGCAAACAACACAAGCGAGAUCUAGUUAUACAACAAGUGAAAUUAUGUGGGGACACAGGUUCGUGCCGUUGGUGACGUAUAACCGUGAACGCCAAGGUUACGAAGUAGAUUAUUCCAAGUUUGAUGAAACUACACAAGUCGACACCCCACUUUGUUCCGCUAAAGAGCUGGACGAGUUCUACGGCAAUCAGGCUGAUCACAGAUCAAUUGGUUUUAUUGGGAACGCGUCAAUUCCUCAAGAGAUAAUCUACAGAAACGGUCAACCGGUAAUUGGCUCACCUCUGAUCAACAUAGCUGAUAGACUCGUUGCGGAUGCGAUAAGAAGAGCUAGUCUUACAAAUCGUCCUUCGAUUGUAAAAUAUCCACCCGACUAUUUCAAUAGUCUUGGAGAUCAGUCGUCGUCAUCAAGUGACGAAGAAAGUAUGAAGAAAAAGAAGCAAAAUUCUAGAAAAGAUGGAGAAAAAGGCGUUUAA